AACAAGAUUACUAAGAGGAUUACGACCUGGCAAGCUAAAACCCUUAGCUAUGCAGGGCGGAUUCAAUUAAUUUCUUCUGUUAUUACCAGUGUAUUUCAGUAUUGGAUGGCGGUUUUCCUCUUGCCAAUGCGAGUCUUGAAGUCUAUUGAGGAGGUGUGUAACAAAUUCUUGUGGGGGGUUGGAGUGAAUGGGCGAAAGAGAGCACCAGUGUCCUGGUCCAGGGUUGCUAUGCCUAAAAUGGAGGGUGGAUUAGGGAUCAGGGACUUCAAAACAUGGAACAAAGCAUGUGUUUUAAGGCAUUUGUGGAAUUUGCUUGCUAAGGCUGGUUCACUAUGGGUUGCUUGGAUCCAGAAGUAUAGGAUCAAAGGGAAUGAUUUAUGGGGGAUUGCUGCAAACUCUGUAAGCUCAUGGGUGUGGAAGAAGGUCCUUAAAUGCAGGGAAGUGGCUCAUGAUCAUGUGACUGGGACAGGUAGUAGCCUGACUUGGGAUGGAAAGAAGUUGGUGAAGUAUUCAGUUAAGACUGUUUGGAAUUCCAUACGUAUCCCCUCCUCUUCAGUUGACUGGUUCUCUGUGUUAUGGGGUGGCCGGAUUUCACAGAUUGGAGUUCCCAUUUGAGAUGGGUGGUGCAGCGAUGGUAGGGUACAACUUCGGCUGCUAAGAUUGGGCGGUUAUUGUGGGUGAUGUGUUGUGCUUACAUUUGGAGGGAAAGGUGCACUCGCGUCUAUGGAGUCAAGCGAAUUUCAGACCCUUCUCAACUUUCAGUUGCUGUUAUGCAGGAGUUCGAGAUAUAUGCUAGUAGUACUAUAGAAUUACAGAAAAUGGCAUCAGUUGUAAUGAGCUGAUAGGGUUUUGAUUUCUUUUGGUUGGCAUAGAUAUUAGUAUAGGUUUACUGUGUAAAGAAUGUUGAUCUUUUGAGAGGGUGAUGCGAGUUGCAUCUCCCUGGGCUUUCAAUGCAAUUUUGAUUAACCA